GCUUUUCCAGUCCAUGCCGUGCGCCCCACCCGCGUGCCUUGCCUCCGUCCUUUCGGUUCCUCCGCCACGGCGGCCUCCCGCUAUUUAUCCCCGGCCCAACCCCAGUUCACAAACCCCUCAGACCACAUUCCCCUUCUCUCCGCAGGCCGCUCUGUUCCACGCCCGUCACGCGGCAAUGGCGCCCGUCCUCCGAGCCCUGCUCCUCGCCUUCCUCGUGGCCGCGCAGUCCCCGUCGUCCGCCCUCUCACUCGGGCAGGGGCACGGCCAUCAUUUGCCCGGCCACGGCCUGGUCCACCGGCAUGGGAACGUCCACGGAGGCCACGGCCAUGCGCACGCCCCGCUCGGCGGCGGCGCCUGGUCCUCGGCGCACGCGACCUUCUACGGCGGCGGCGACGCCUCGGGCACCAUGGGCGGGGCGUGCGGGUACGGGAACCUCUACAGCACGGGCUACGGCUCCAACACGGCGGCGCUGAGCACGGCGCUCUACAACGACGGCCUCAGCUGCGGGGCCUGCUUCGAGGUCCGCUGCGACCCGGCGGGGACGGAAGCCGGCGCGGCGCACGCCUGCCUCCCGGGGACCUCCGUCGUCAUUACGGCCACCAACCUCUGCCCGCCCAACAACGCGCUCCCCAACGACGACGGCGGCUGGUGCAACCCUCCCCGCGCACACUUCGACAUGUCCCAGCCCGUCUUCCAGCGCAUCGCGAUCUACAAGGCCGGGAUCGUCCCCGUCUCCUACCGCAGGGUGGCGUGCCAGAAGAAGGGCGGAAUCAGGUUCACCAUCAACGGCCACUCCUACUUCAACCUGGUCCUCGUCUCCAACGUUGGCGGGCCGGGCGACGUGCACGCGGUGGCCGUGAAGUCGGAGCGCUCGCCUUCCUGGCAGGCCCUGUCGCGCAACUGGGGCCAGAACUGGCAGAGCAACGCGCUGCUAGACCGCCAGUGCCUCUCCUUCCGCGUCACCGCCGGCGACGGCAGCUCCGUCGUCUCCAGCAACGCCGUGCCCCGCGGCUGGGCCUUCGGCCAGACCUUCAGCGGCGCCCAGUUCACCUGAAAAAGUCUCCUUUUCUAGCUCAUUUUACCCCAAGAUUAUGCCUUAGUAGUGCUAUCCAGUAGCGAGUAGUAGUAGCUUCGAUUGGAGCGUGCUGGGAGGAGCCAUGGUUUUAUGGGUGGUUCUUCCUGAAGCAUUUACUGUACGUUCUUCGGAAGCAGUCAGUAGUAGUAUCAGCAGGUAGUUUAGGCCUGGUAUUAGCAUGGGCUUUUAAUUGUCCUGGUGUCCAGUGUCAGUGUUAGCAAGAGUGGAGUGGUAGUUUGAGCGAGCUUUUGGCUAAGGAUGGCAGCGGUGGUAAAGGCUGGGUUGGUUAACUGAAGCCGCCUUGUAUCACCCGCCAAUUAGCGAUUAGGCCUAUUUGGAUGAUGGCCUUGUCUCGACGGUAAUCUGCGUUGGCUUGUACUGAUCCUCAUUCUGGGGUUAACUAAUUUAUGCAUUUGGGGCUUCAGCCUCUUUCGUUCC